AUGGAUGAAAAAGCUCAGAAAGAACAGUGGGUUGCCAUUGGGGAGCACGUCCAGGGGAACUUCCAGAAACUUGAUAACACCAAUCUUAUAGAGACGUUUCACAAUUUGUUUAAAGUGAACCUUGUCAUCGGGAAGCGUUUACUUGCCAAGGCCGUACUGGAGGACGAAUGCGAGGCAUCUGUGCACACUAUCAGUCAAUUAUGUUUGUUGGUAAAUAACGUGCUCCCGUCGUUUGGCCCACUCAUUGGUCAGGAGAUCGUUUGUCGGUUUCUUCAUGACUACAAGAAUAAAAACCAUGCGGAGGGCCGGCGAAUUUUGAAGUUACUUUCAUCACUGUAUAAAGUAGGUCUUAUACAUGAGAUUGUUAUACUCCAACUCCUACAGAUAUUACUUUCAAGAGAAAACGAACAAGAUUCCAUUUGGGACACUGUCAUUAUAUUAAGAUUUUGUGGGAAGAAGCUGCAAGAUGCGAAUCCGCGAGCAUACAACGCUAUCAGAGAUAAACUAGAGACUCUGGAGUGUCCGUUAGAUAGUAAUAUCAAAACUGAAUUGGAGGAUUUGCUCGAUGAGAAACAAUUGGAAGAUAAUGUCACUUUAGUUCACCACUCUGCAGUGAUUGUACCGAAUAGAUAUCCCCCAUUCUCCACGUCCAUAUCACAAGACGAAAAUUUUUGGGACUUACCGAAAGAGAACCUUGCAAGGUUCAAAUACCACCAGAACUUGAAUGACCUAGAAGAGGAGUAUGAUGAGCUGAAAAGAGGUUUUUCAGUUCAGGAACCUGUGGAUGCCAGCGAGCAGGAAGAGAUUCAGGUUUCCGAAACAGAACCCGCUCCCGAAGCUACAACUGUACCCGUUGUGAAACCAUAUACUGUCAAAGAUAUGACCUCUUCAGAAAAUAUCGAGUUCAAGAAAAAAAUAUACCUUGUCUUGAAGAGCUCACUGUCGGGAGACGAGGCCGCGCAUAAACUUCUUAAGCUAAGGAUACCAGAUGAUCGAAAAUAUGAAAUUGUAGAUAUCGUUGUAAAAUCAAGCAUCCAAGAAGCGACAUAUUCCAAAUUCUACGGUAUUUUGGGCGAAAGAUUGUGCUCCUCUCAUAGAUCAUGGAAACCAGCCUUCCUGCAAAUAUUUAACGAGAACUUUCAAAACCUUGACGACUUUGAGCCAGCACAGCUCCGAAUCUUGGGGAAGUUCUGGGGACAUAUGGUUGCAACAGAUUAUAUUGGGUUGGAAGUCCUCAGCAACUUUAAACUCAACGAGGAAGAAAGUACACCCCCAAGCAGGAUAUUCCUCAAAUUUAUAUUCCAGGAAUGUGUUGCCGAACUAAAUGCGCAGGAACUAAAGGAGAGGUUACAAGAGGAAUACAUUCAACCUUAUUUAGUGGGCUUGUUUCCCAAGGAAGAUCCUAACCAUAUACGGUACGCCAUCAAUUAUUUCACCGCUAUAGGUCUCGGUCUUCUAACGGACGACAUGAGAGAAACUUUGGACACAAUCGAGGAGAAAAAGAGGGAAGAGGCCAGAAUAAAACAAGAAGAAGAGAUGAGAAGAUACGAUGAGGAAAGGAAAGAAAUGGAGAAACAGAAUCCACCUCGAGAGACACCGAAGCCAGAAAGUCGGCCGAGCCGAUAUCAGCCAAACAGUUCUGUGCCAGCUGCUCCUCGUCGCAGAAGAUCCAUCACCCCUCCACGAUACAAGCGGAAUGGAGGUAGGAGGUCAAUAACACCGCCACGAGGAAGAUUUCGUAGAGAGCGCUCGAGAUCUCCCGAAAGGUUUAAAAAGAAGAGCAGAUAUCAGGGUUGA